UGCUCCCAGUGCAGCACGUCCUCCUGUCACAGGCUGUCGGGCGUCAGAAUGGCCGGACGGCUCUCUCUCCAGGAGGUGGACCUCUCCUGUCCCAUCUGCUGCGAGAUCUUCAAGGACCCGGUGGUCCUGAAGUGCAGCCACAGCUUCUGUGCCGCCUGCCUGCAGCGGUACUGGACCCGGAGGGACCGAAGCCGCGACUGCCCGCUGUGCAGGAGCCAGAGCGUGGACGACCCGGUGCCCAGCCUCACCCUGAGGAACCUGUGUGAGUCCUGGAUCGUCCCCGAGGACGAGGACCCCGAGGAGGGGGCCGCCGGGGAGCCGCCGGGCGAACCGGGGGAGAUGUGCCCCCUGCACGGGGAGAGGCUGAAGCUGUUCUGCCUGUUGGACAAGGAGCCCAUCUGUGUGGUGUGUCACACCUCCAGGAAACACAAGCUGCACGACUGCUGCCCUGUCAGCGAGGCGGUGGCCGACGUGAAGGAGAAGAUGAAGUCGGCCCUGGGCGUGCUGCAGAAGAAGAGGGACGUGUUCGACAAGCUGAAGAAGAACUACGAGGACACUGUGGUGCACAUCCAGGUCCAGGCCCAAUUCGUUGAGAGACGAACCCGCGAGGAGUUUCAGAAACUGCACAGCUUCCUGCAGACGGAGGAGGAUGCCAGGAUGGAGGAGCUGAGGAGCGAGGAAGAGGAGAGGAAGCGAGAGAUGAUGCAGAGGAUUGAAGAGAUUGAGAGAAAUAUAACGUCCAUGUCGGAGUCCAUGAGAGAGUUGGAGGAGAAGAUGGCUUUAGAGGACAUCUUCGUCCUUCAUAAAUGCAAGGCGACGCCGCCAAGAGCCGACAGUCCAGCUGAAGCUCCGGUCUCGGCUCCGGCGGCGCUCAUCGAUGUGGCCAAAUACGUGGGAUCCCUGACCUUCCACGUCUGGGAGAAGAUGCAGAAAAUCAUCAAAUACACCCCGGUCACUCUGGACCCGAACACGGCCGCCCCGUGGCUCACCUUGUCGGACGACCUGGCCAGCGUCUGCGACAGCGACGAGAAGCAGCUGCUGGCCGACACGCCGGAGAGGUUCGACCCCGACACGGCCGUGCUGGGCCGCGAGAGCUUCACCUCGGGGAAGCACUCCUGGGACGUGAACGUGGGCGACAACACGGCGUGGGUGGUCGGCGUGGCCAAGGAGUCGGUGGUGAGGAAGGAGAAGAUGUCGUCGGUGCUGAGGAACGGCUACCUGUGCGUGUACUUCUACCACAACAUGUACUUCGCGGGCACGUCUCCUCUGACCCGCCUCACCCUGAAGACCAACCCGCAAAAGGUCCGGGUGCUGCUGGACUGCGACAAGGGCCGAGUGUCGUUCCACAACCCGCACGACAACUCGCUCAUCUACACCUUCAAGCACCCCAUCGUGGAGAGGGUCUUCCCCUACUUCUGGGUGGGCUGCCAGCAGUGUCCUCUGACCGUGGAGCCCAAGGAAGUUUCCUUGAAGGUUGUUGAGUAUUUUUGAGAGAAGGCAACUUUUUUCUCCCCAAAAAAAGGAUGAAGAGCAUCUCUGAAUAACACAAAGAGCGAGGCGGCUGCUCAGAAUGUGAAAUCAAAGAGCAUCAGAUCUUUUGUGUAUUUCUCCACAGUGUCCACACGAUGAAUGCCUUAUCUGCUCACUGAGAAUUAUUCAACUCGACUUGAUCCCUGCACUCGAAAGGUCCCCUCCCCUCCCUCUUGUCUGUGGUUCUUCUUAUCCUAACACUCUGUGACCUUGAAAUCAGCAUUUAAGAGAAUUAUCCUUUCAUGAAUUUAAGUUUGCAUAAUGAUUCUGCCCUUGCACGUCAAACUCUUGAGCCCAGUCCUGUGUAUUUUAUGACUAAAAAAAGCUUAAUGUGCUCACUAAUGAUGUCAUUGAGGUUUGUGGGAACUAAUUAAUAAUAAAUAAUUUACUAAUAAAAAGA